AUUCAGGUCGCGCGCUUUUCAUCAACGGUUUUGCCAAUAAGAGUAAGAGCCGAAAUUUGGUUAUUGUCAGCGUUCUGCGUAACGCAGCCAUAGAUCUUCGCACCUCUCAAACCGUGUGUCGAUGCAGUUAGUGAUCCAAGUUAGUGAAGUGAUGCAGUGAGAAUACUCUGGUGAAUGCGGGCUUAGAGCAAAUCCACUUACGCGAAACAUCACCAAGAGAUUGCCCUUACCUCGGAUCUUGCACCACAUCGACCGCAAAAUGAAACACAAUGGAUUGGUAGCCGUAAUCACGUGGUUUAUGGUUUUUGGAUUUACCUUAUGCGCACCGCCACAACUCACGUACGAACAAGCAAGACAAGCUGUACUAGCUGCUGAACGGAAACUUAUGAUUGGAGGUUCCGUAUUAUUAAGUCCCAAGGAGAUCGCCGUCAACAAAAUCUUGCUGGAAGCCAAAAGAGCUGAGAUCGAAAAAGGACAAGAGGAUUUAUCGAGAUUCCCACCAGCCACGCAUUUUUUUAAGGUGAAGCCGAUCAUAGAGGCAAGCAAUGUGUUUAAAAUAAUUAAGAAAAUGCCUAAAGGAGCCCUGCUACAUGCGCACAAUUCAGCCAUGGUAUCUUCGGAGUGGUUCAUAAAGAACAUCACAUAUCGUUCUGGGAUAAUGAAAUGUGUCAAUCGAAAUGGAGUUGUUCUAUUCACAUUCCGCAGGAAUCCGCAACUUGGAUGCAAAACGUUUAUUUAUAUACAGGACGAACGGGCAGGUGUGCCAGAUGUUGAAACAUACGACAAGGAACUAGAAAAAAACAUUAACCUGUACACGCCCACACCCGAGGUCGACUAUCCCGAUAUAGGCGUUGUUUGGAAUAAAUUUCAAAACAUGUUCGAUACAGUUGGAGACGCUCUUUUAUACAAGCCUGUGUUCGAGGCCUACCACUAUCAACUCUUUAAGGAAAUGCACGAUGACGGGGUCAUAUAUAUCGAACUAAGGACAUCUUUUCCUUCACUUUACGACUACACUAACAACAAGACCAUAUCAGCGGCCUCUGUCCUUCUGGACGUUAUUGACAACUUCAAAGCUAACAAUCCCAACUUUUACGGAGUGAAAAUUAUAUUUUCAACGGGACGGAAUUCUCCACCGGCGACUAUUGCAGAAAGAUUCCAAACUUUCAAAUAUUUCUUUGCAAAGUAUCCAAAGCUCGUAAUAGGAUUUGACCUUGUGGGACAGGAAGAUUUAGGACAUCCACUUUUUGACUUCGUGGAAGAACUUCAGAACCGUCCUCCAGAUUCUCAUUUUUUCUUCCAUGCAGGCGAAACUAAUCAGUUCGGCUCAACUGACUUGAAUAUCUUGGACGCUGUUCUUUUGAAUACAACGCGGAUCGGCCAUGGCUACAGUCUCUUCAAACAUCCUGUUGUUUGGCAUGCAGCAAAGAAGAGAGGGAUUGCCGUCGAAAUUAACCCUUUAUCUAACCAAGUGCUCAAGUUGGUUUGGGACCUAAGAAAUCACCCAGCUGUCUUCUACAUUUCGCAGAACUUUCCCGUCGUCAUUUCAAAUGACGACCCAGGUUUUUGGAAUGCUAAAGGAGUGAGCUACGAUUAUUACUAUGCGUUCAUGUCGUUUUUCCCAAACGAGGCUGGAUUGAAUGUUCUGAAGCAGUUAGCAUGGAAUACACUCAAGUAUUCAUCAUUAAAAGACAACGAGAAACUACAGGUUACGAGAAUAUUCGAAAGAAUGUGGGAGAAAUUUUUGAACGACAUCCUUGCAGGUACAUUCCAAUAACAAAUAUGCACACAACUGCAGUGAUCCUUUACUUACAUGGCAAAAUAUA